AUGGCAAUGAAUGGUUUGUCCAAGAUGGCUGCAACCGCUCUUCUCCUAGUCCUGGCCGUUGUUCCAGCCGCGCUCGCGGUGAAGUACACGGUUGGCGACGCUCAAGGAUGGGCCAGUGGUGUGGACUACACAACUUGGACCGCAGGAAAAACUUUCAGAGUUGGUGACACUUUAGUGUUCAACUAUGGUCCUUCACACUCAGUGAACGAGGUGAGCAGCUCCGUUUACGCUAGCUGUGGAGGCACACCGAUCAAAACUCAUUCCGAUGGAGAAACCGAUAUCGAUCUUGACACAGUAGGACCAAAGUAUUUCAUUUGCCCUACCGCUGGUCACUGUUCAAAUGGCAUGAAGCUAUCAGUUACGGUCGUAGCCGCUUCUUCCGGAGCUCCAGAGACUCCUUCGCCACCGUCUUCAACUCCCGGAACUCCGGCCACGCCCACCACACCGCCGGCUGACGGAACUCCGGCCACUCCCACACCGACUACAGGGUCAACUUCUCCUCCUCCACCAAAGGGAAGUGGUGCGUCCAAGGGAGUGAUGAGUUACAUUUUGGUCGGAGUGUCGAUGGUUUUGGGUUAUGGUUUGUGGAUGUAA